AUGCGCUCGUUGCCUCGGUUACAGGGUCCAUGGUCCCGAAAGAUGGCGGGGCGAAGUGUUGGUCCUCGGAGACGGAGCGUUUCAGGCGCUCCGCUCCCGCCGCGCGUUCAGCAACCUGCAGCGUCUGGACCGGACCUCCUUGCCAGGGAGGAAGAAUAUAAGCGUUUGAAUGCAGAAUUAGAGGCAAAAACAGCUGAUCUGGUCCGACAAGCUGAGGAAGUAAUAAGAGAUCACCAAGAAGUACAAUCAAGACCAGUCUCAACACAAAUUAAAUCCUAUGAAAAGGAAGAGAAUUGCAGUUUAAGAGAUCUGUUGUCUGAAGGGAUAGUUCAUCUGCAUUCAGAAACUAAGCCAAAGACCAAAAAUGUUGAUGCAGUAAACAAGGUUCCAAACAAACUGCGCUCUGCAAAUAAAGGAAGAAAAACAAAUUCAAGUAUAAAAUUGAAAUACUCUGAUGUACAGACUGCCAAUGAUGUUGCUAUUCCAGAGGAUUUCUCAGACUUUUCUCUUGCAAAAACAAUUAGCAAAAUUGAAGGGCAACUCGAGGAAGAAGGUUUGCCUGAUUGUAUAGAUGAUGAUAUUUUUUGUGGUGUUAGUAACGACAUUGGAAUAGAAGCCCAGAACAGAUUUCUAAAGGCCAAACUCCGUGUUAUGCAGGAGGAAUUGGAUAAUGUUGUAUAUGAAUGCAAUAAAAAGGAAAAUGAAAUUCAGGAUUUAAAGUCUCAAAUAAAAAACUUUGAGGAAGAUCGUGUGAGACAGCAACGAACAAUUAAUUUGCAACAGUCUCAAACAGAAAAAUAUAAAACUCUUUUUGAAGAGCUGAAUAAAAAAUGUGAUGGAUUACAGCAACAGCUGUCUUCAGUAGAAAAGGAAUUAGAAAGUAAAAGAAGACAACAAAAACAGGCUGCCAGUAACCAAAGUGCUACAGAAGUUCGGUUGAACAGAGCUCUAGAAGAGGCAGAAAAGUAUAAAUUGGAGUUAAGUAAAUCAAGGCAAAAUAACAAGGAUAUAGCCAAUGAAGAACACAAAAAAAUUGAAGCACUAAAAUCAGAAAACAAGAAGCUAGAAAAACAAAAAGGAGAAUUAAUGAUAGGGUUCAAGAAACAAUUAAAAUUAAUUGAUGUUUUAAAAAGGCAGAAGAUGCAUAUUGAAGCUGCCAAGAUGUUGUCUUUCACCGAAGAGGAAUUUAUGAAGGCACUUGAAUGGGGAAAUUCAUAAAUUAUCUACUUUAUAAUUAUAUAGACUUUGUAUGUCUAACUGUAUGACCCAUAUAUAUUUUAUUUAAAGUUUUAAUGCACUAUUUUUACUCUAAGUAAUGAAGACAUUUGGUAAUGAAAUCAAAGUAAUUCUAGUGAAUUCCCUGUUCAGAUUUAGGGGAUACAAAAUUGAUAUGUAAAAUAAUAGGAAUUUAACUUUUGAUUCUUUCUUGUGACCCACUUGCCAUCUAAUGUAAAGUACUUUAUGUCCUGGAGAUUCAGCUCUAGUUCAUAAAUGGUAAGUUUAUGUUAUAGAGAUUCUGUUUUUAAGUUUUCAUUGACAAUAAAGCACUUUGAAAUUCCUCA